UAUCAUGCAGAGAGUAUAAAUGAUAUAUCUUCAAAAACCUUUGGACAAUAUUUUCUGCAUCCUCUCAGUCUAUCCAAAAACAGAGCUCUCGCUUCAAAGUUUCAUGGCGAUCAGUGGAUGCUCAUCUACAAACCAUUCAUCAACUCUUCCCACUAUAUCCUUCUCUUACUAUAGUCCAACUAAAUCAUGUCAUCAAGUUUUCAACAAUCUUCAGCUUCCUCCAAGUCAUUCUUCCUCUAAGCAUGCUCUGAAGUCAACUCCUGAGGUUACAUUUGCCACUUCUACAGCUACUCAUGAGGGUGUGACACUCACCAUUGAUGCUGCUAAGGCUGCAAGAGCUGCGGUUGCUUCCGCAUUUGAAAUUGAGAACUUCUUGGAUUUCAGAGAGAGGAAGAAAGAUGAUGAAGAGAAGAGUUGGAGAAAUGGAGUGUUGAUGAGGAGGAAGAGGAGAAGAAAAAGGAGAAAGGCUUUUUCAGAGAGUGUGGAGAAUGAGAAAGUAAUUAUGAAUGUUGCUAUAAAACCAACCAAUUCAGGGCAAUAUUUGACACCUAAACAAGAGGCAGAAUAUACUCUUUGCCUUAAGGAAGAGGCAAGAGUUGAAGCUGUGAGAAAGAGAAUUGAAGAGACUAGUGAGAAUGAAGUCACUUUAGCUCAAUGGGCCAAGGCAGCAGGGAUGAGUAAAAAUUCACUAGAUAAGGUUUUGUGUGAUGGCAGAGAAGCUCAGGAAAGAAUCACAAGAUGCUACAGAAGACUUGUAAUUUCUGUUGCAUCUUCUUAUCAAGGCAAAGGGUUGAGCUUGCAAGAUCUGAUCCAGGAAGGAAAUCUUGGGCUUCUUCAUGGUGCAAAGAAAUUCAAUCCAGAGAAGGGCUAUAAGCUAUCAACUUAUGUUUACUGGUGGAUUAGGCAAGCUAUCACCAAAGCGAUAGCAAAGAAGUCUAAAAUUACUCGGCUGCCGGGAAGCGUAAGUGAACUGGUCCCAAGGAUAUGCGAGGCAAAUGCUGUCUUAAGCAGGAGGCUACGGAAGCUGCCAACAUGCCAAGAAAUUGCAGAAGCAGUUAAAAGGGACAUGUUGACUGUGUGGCUUGCUCUUGAAAGAAACAGAGAGCCAAUUUCCCUAGAUCAACCAAUAGUAGCUGGAGCUUCCAUGUCAUUGCAGGAGAUUGUAGCAGGGCCAGAUGAAACAACUCCAGAAGCAAUAGUGAAGAAACAGUUCAUGAAGAGGGAUAUAGAGAAACUGCUCAAGGGACUAUGUGAUAGAGAAGUAAAUAUCUUAAGACUGUACUAUGGCCUAAAUGGGAAUACUCCUCAAUCAUUCGAGGAGAUAGGAAGACACCUAGAACUUUCAAGAGAGCGAGUACGGCAGAUCAGUUGCACAGCCUUAACAAAAUUACGUCAGACUAGUAUGGUAAAUGAUUUGAUAACAUAUAUAUUGCAUAGCUGAAUCAGCAGAUUACAUAUAUGACAAAAUAAAGAACUCAAUUGGCAGAAAUUGUGGUUCUGCUGUAAUUCUUUGAAGAGAAUUAAAUAGCAUUAUUUGAAACAAACCAAAAACUUAAUUGACCAAAGUGGAUUUCUUUUCUCAGUAUGGUGGUAUCCACUUUUAUCUAUUGUACCCAUCUAGUAGUAAGCAUGAUCUUUAUCCA